AUGGAGGUACCUCUUCUGCCUCGGCCCUCGCAAACUACCCCGGAACCAAUAGACAACCAGGAAACGAUAUCUGACGAGCUCCCAUCAGUACUGGUGUCUCAAGAUUGUGGCUAUCCGGCAGAGACCUUGUUUGAGUCGGAACCACCGCCCUUGUUAGGGACUGCAGUUGACAUGGGAUCAUUCGCUGAUCUUGCCAUGGAAACAACAACAUACACCUCAAGCGCCUCAUCUGCUGAGCUAUCCCACGAUGACAUUUUCACAAAUUCCAUGCAGCAGCUGGCAGCGCUAAGUUGCAGCCUCUAUACGCUUCACACCACGUGUCGCAACAAGAUCGCCAGCCUGGAGCUCCAGCCCCAUCUCGUCUCUCAUACGAACGCCUUCAAUUCCUUGACGACUUUCCUGAGAGCCCUACCGAGCCUGGACGAGUACGAGAUAUUCACGGAAGCCUGUCUCGCAUCAAAGAGCUUGCUCCUGGUCAUGUAUCGGCUUCGGCUCUUCGACUCCCCGAAUGAUGAGGUUUUACCGGCUGCCCUGCAGCAUCUUCUCUCUGCGUGUUAUGUCCAACUCCUCCACGUGCAUACGGUUCUGGUCAGGCUUAUGUCAUAUGAGGCGUCGAACCCACCGGAUUUUCAUCAAGGCGACCCCUUCUCCCUCGCCCGACUUCGCCUGGUGGUGAUCUUUAACCUUGUCAAGCAUCUGCUGGAACACGUGCGGCGUGGCUAUGGUGCAUAUGGCCUGACAGUGGCACGGUCGGGCUCUCAGCCAACUACCUAUACAGGAUCUCACGAAAUCAGCGAGGCUGAACACAAGCUAUGGAACGACCUCCAGGAGUUGGAAAUCUGUCUUUCUCCAAGGUUACAGACGCCUUCGGUUCAUGAGUCUGCCUAG